AUGUUCGAAAAGAGUCUUCAAGAUAUGGUAAAAGGCAUUCGUGCCAAUAAAGCCACCGAAGAUGCUUAUAUUCGAUCAUGUGUUUCUGAAAUUAAAGAUGAACUCAGAGCCAAUGAUAUUAAAAAGAAGGCUGUUGCUGUACAAAAAUUAACUUAUUUACAUAUGUUGGGAUAUGACAUGAAUUGGGCAGCUUUUCAUAUUUUGGAAGUUAUGAGUAGUCCAAUCUUUACUUACAAGAGAAUUGGUUAUCUUGCUGCUUCUCUUGGUUUUACACCACAAACUGAUGUUAUUUUACUUACUCAUCAAUUGUUUAGAAAGGAAUUGAAGAGUGCUAAUCAAUAUGAUACAGGUCUUGCUGUUUCUGCUAUUGCUAAUAUUGCUACUCCAGACUUGGCAAAGGAUUUGGCAUCGGAAAUUUUGGGACUUUUCAACUCAUCUAGACAAUAUAUUAGAAAGAAGUCUGUCUUGUGUAUGUACAAGAUUUUCCUUCAAUAUCCAGAUGCAUUGAGACCAUCCUUCCCUAAACUUAAGGAAAAGUUGAGUGAUUCUCAUCCUUCUGUUAUUUCUUCUGCUGUCAAUGUUAUUUGUGAAUUGGCUAGAAAGAAUCCAAAGAAUUACCUUGGUAUGGCUCCAAUCUUCUACAAGUUGUUGACCAAUGUAACUAACAAUUGGACCCUAAUCAAGAUUGUCAAGUUGAUGGGCUCAUUGGCUCCUCAUGAACCAAGAUUGGCCAAGAAGCUCGUUGAACCAAUUGCUAAUAUUAUUUCAACCACUCCAGCAAAGAGUUUGCUCUAUGAAUGUCUUAUUACUGUUACUAUCGGUAUGCAAGAACAUAUGACAGUUGUCAAAUUGGCUGUUGACAAACUCAAGUCAUUUGUUGAAGAUAAGGAUCAAAAUCUCAAGUACCUCGGUCUUGCUGGUUUGAAUAACUUGUUAUCUAAAUAUCCAAAAGUUAUUUCUGAUAUGAAGGAUACUAUUAUGGAGUGUUUGGAAGAUCAAGAUGUCACCAUUAGAUAUAGAGCUUUGGACUUGUUAUGUGGCGUUGUAAACCAAAAGAAUAUUAAGGGUAUUGUUAGCAAGUUGUUGAAGCAAUUGGAAAAGGCUGAAGGUGAUUACAGAGAUUUCCUCAUUGAAAGAAUUAUUACUUCAUGCUCAAAGGACAAUUAUAAGGCUAUUGCCAACUUUAAGUGGUAUUUGGACAUUUUAAUCCAAUUGACCAACAUUAAGUCUGCUCAACAUGGUAAAUUGAUUGCUCAACACAUUAUGGAUGUCUUGAUUAGAGUUAAGAGUCUCAGACAACAUGGUGUCAAUGAAAUGAUCUCCUUGUUGACUUCUCCUCACUUGCUCACUGAAAGCUCUGAAACUUCAAGCGUUUUUGAUGUAUUGUAUGCUGCUUCUUGGACUAUUGGUGAAUUAUUACAUCUUCAGAAUUCUCAUUGGACACUGAAAAGGAAUCUGAAGUUUAUCAAGAUCCUAAUGCUCCAGUUAGUAACUAUCAACGACAAAGAGAUGUCUUUAUCAUCAAGGGAACUGCCAAG